CGGGCAAAGCCUGUGCCGCGCCGAGGGCGUGCGGGCCCUCUGGAAGGGGAACCUCACCGCCUGCCUGCGCCUCUUCCCCUACAGCGCGCUGCAGCUCGCCGCCUCCCGCCGACUUGUUAUACUUUUCACGGAUGAGUUGGGUCAUAUUUCCCACUGGAGAGCCAUCAUGGCAGGAAGUCUGGCUGGCAUGGUUGCAACCAUCGUGACUUACCCCACUGACGUAAUUAAAACACGGCUCAUUGUGCAGAACCGACUGGAACCAUCUUACGAAGGAAUUCUUCAUGCUUUUUACAAAAUUUAUCAUCAAGAAGGACUCCUUGCACUCUACCGUGGCGUUUCACCAGCUAUAUUAGGUGCUGUCCCAUUUUCUGCAGGCUCAUUCUUUGUUUACAUCAAUCUGGACAAAAUCUGGCGAGAACCCAUAAUUCAUUUCACUCCUCUUCAGAACUUCAUAAAUGGCUGUGUAGCAGCUGGUGUGGCACAGACGCUUUCUUUCCCCUUUGAGACUGUCAAGAGGAAGAUGCAGGCACAGAGUCCUUGGCUUCCCCACUAUGGAGCAGUUGAUGUCCAUUUUACUGGCAUGGCUGACUGUUUCCGGCAAACUGUGAAGAACAAAGGUGUACUCGGACUUUGGAGUGGACUCACACCCAGUCUGCUCAAGAUUGUCCCAUACUUCGGUGUUAUGUUUAGCACCUUUGAAUUCUGCAAGCGGGUCUGUCUGUACAGAAACGGUUAUAUUGAAUCUCCUUUAAAUUACAAGCUAACUCCUGGUGUGGACCAGAGUUUACAGCCACAAGAACUGAGAGAAUUAAAGCUCCUCCGAAGGGAAAACUUUGAGUCAAGGAAAUCAGCUCUUGAAAACUGACAUUGGACUGUCCAUUGCAGAUAUACACACUACCUUUGUUAAGGAACUUUGCAAAAAAGACAUGCUGAACUACAGAUUUUAAAGAUUGAGUGAUGGGUGCAUAUGAAUGUCUGAUCAGCUCUUCAAACCUGGUAAGAGUCAAGUGAGUCAAAAAGUUACCUCUAACUUGUUUCUGAUAUGCUAAUAACACCUUUGUAUUGUAAGGAACUCCUACAACCUAUAAAUCACUUACUAACCUUUUAUCAACCAGGGCUCUACUUUGCGUAAUCACAUCUGUGCAUGAGAAAUCCCCCAAAAGGUAA